UUGGCCCAGAAUUCCUGGAAAGGGAUAUACUUGCGAGAAGAGUGAGCGAGAGAGAGAGAGAGAGCGAGAGCUCCACGGCCCUCUUCUUCGUGUUUCCUUGUUCCAGGAAUUUCUAAUCGCGCACAAGAGGCUUCCUUCUUAAAAUUCCCCCUUGUUUCUCGUGGCUGCUGCGUAAAAAAAUUUCCACCAUCCCUCCAGUUGGUUGGCCAGCGAAUGGUAAUUUGUCUUCAUCUCUUGGGAGCAGCAAACACGUAUAUAUUGUGAGAGCAGCAGAGCCCUGGUUUGUUCUUGUCGAAUUCUCGCCAACUCCGAGAAAUCUCUUCCUUUUCCCCUCCCCCUCCUCUUCUCCCCCAUUUCUCCUCUUCUCCUUCCUUCGAUCGUCCCAUGGCAGCAGCCAUGGAAUGCAGCAGCAGGGGGAUCACGAGCUUGAUGAUCGCGAGCUCUGCCUCGUCCUCUUCCAGCUCCUCGUCUUCGUCUUGUUUCACCUCCAGGCGCCAAAUUCACCACAGCCUCUGCUCCAGAUCGCGGCUCCAAGCCCAAUUGCCCAAGGGGACGAUCAAGAGGAGCGCCAGGAGAGGGAUCCAGGCGCAUUUAAUCGACUGCCCACCAUCGCCAUCGCCAUCGCCCCAGGAAUCCAGCAGCUCCCCUCUGGCCAGUCUCCUAUCAGCGGCGGCGGCAGCUCCAUCCAUCGAGGAUUGCAUCCAAGCGCUCGAGGCGAGCAUCACACGGGCAAUCUCCAUCGCCCCCAAGUCAUCGCUCUCGUGGGACGACAUUCCCCUGUGGAACCUUCGCGAAUCCUUCACAAAGCCGGGGCAAACGCCAGGGAUCGCGAUCGAGCAAUGGAAACCCGCCCAGAAGAUGGCGGCGGGAGCACUAGACUGGAUCGAGCAGCGCGUCAUCCCCAUCCUGGAGGGCGAUCACCUCCCCUCCACCGCCAAUCCGGCUGUCCAGCUCGAGGGCAAUUUCGCGCCGGUGCCUGAGUGCCCGGCCUCGGGCAUCCGACUGCCCGUCACGGGCCGUCUCCCCGACGGGCUUGACGGGCUGUACGUGCGCAACGGCGCCAACCCGCGGUUUAAGCCCGUCGCCGGCCACCACCUCUUUGACGGCGACGGUAUGCUCCAUGCCGUGCGGCUCUCGGGCGGUACCGCCACGUACUGCUCGCGCUUCACGCGGACAAACCGGCUGUGCCAGGAGGAGCGGCUGGGCCGCGCCUUCUUCCCCAAGGCGGUGGGGGAGCUCCACGGCCAUGGCGGCGCCGCCCGCCUCGCGCUCUACUACCUCCGCUCCCUGGCCGGGCUGGUGGACGCGGGCAAGGGGAUGGGUCCGGCCAACGCCGGCGUCGUCUUCUUCGAUGGCAAGCUCCUGGCCAUGUCCGAGGACGAUCAGCCCUACGCGCUCCGGAUCGAGGGCGAUGGCGACGUCUCCACUAUUGGGCGCUACGACUUCCACGGGCAGCUCAAAGCGAGCUCCAUGAUCGCGCACCCCAAGAAGGACCCGCGCACCGGGGAGCUCUUCGCGCUCAGCUACGACGUGGUCAAGAAGCCGUAUCUCAGGUACUUCAGCUUCGCGGCGGAUGGAACCAAGCGGCCGGACGUGGAGAUCCCGCUCCCCGGGGCGACCAUGAUGCACGACUUCGCCAUCACCGACAGGUUCGUGGUGAUCCCGGACCAGCAGGUGGUGUUCCAGCUCCUGCGGAUGCUCCUGGGCAAAUCGCCCGUGGUCUACGAUCCCAAGAAGAAGGCCCGCUUUGGAGUGCUCCCGAAGUAUGCCACCACCUCGGACGAGCUCAAGUGGGUGGAGGUGCCGGAUUGCUUCUGCUUCCACGUCUGGAAUGCAUGGGAGGCGAGCGAGGAUGAGAUCGUGGUGCUGGGAUCGUGCAUGACUCCGCCCGACUGCGUCUUCAACGAGUCCCCGAAUGGACACGAGGAGAUGAGCAGCGUGCUGUGCGAAAUCCGGCUCAACUUGACCACGGGCACGUCAACUCGGACACCCAUCGCCGGGCUCAACCUCGAGGCCGGGACUGUGAACCGCCGCGUCCUGGGCCGCCAGUGCCGCUACCUCUACCUGGCGGUGGCGGACCCGUGGCCAAAGAUCUCGGGCAUCGCCAAGGUGGACCUCUCGCUAAAGAAGGAGAAGGCCGAGGUGGAGACCGAGGUGGCGGAGGCCGAGGUGGUAUCCGACUGUGUUGUGGGCCGUCGCGUGCACGGCGAGAAUUGCUUUGGUGGCGAGCCCUUCUUCGUGCCCCGGACGUCCGACCCGGACGCGGCCGAGGACGAUGGCUACGUCCUCACGUUCGUUCACAACGAGAGCACGGGAGUGUCGGAGCUCCUGGUGCUGGACGCCGCCACUGACAACCUGGAGCUCCUGGCCUCGGUCCAGCUUCCGGCGCGGGUGCCGUAUGGCUUCCACGGCACCUUCGUGUCCGAGGAGGAACUGGCCAGCCAGAGCGACUGAUGGACGAGAGAAUGCAGCGUCCAUCGUCGAGAGAGGAAAGGUUUGCGAAGUUUUUCGUGGGGGGACAAGUGGAGAGCCGCUCUUGUGCAUAUAGCCAUUGGAAUCGGCCCCCGGUCCCCUCUCUCUUUCCCUCGAGCUUUUUUUCCUUGGUUUUUUUGCUUGUGUACAUUAAAAUGAAAACAA